CAGGGGGGCGGGGCUACGUUGAGGGAGAUUACCUGCCAGGUUUACUGCUGCUGGACUUCACUCUCUGAUAAACACAGCAGGAAGUAGUUCAGCCGUCAGUAUGAAGCGCAGUCUGUCGUCUCUGGAGCUUCUGCUCGCCGUUGUGUCGUCUCUUCUGCUCACCUGCUGCGUGGGACUGAUGGUGGUUUCAUGGAUCAGCCUGAAGCCUGAAGGUUCCGUUGAGCCAGGCGUGCUGAGUGGUCGGAUGUUGAUCACAGAGGGAGCAGUUUACUCCGAGGACCUGAGGAACUCCAGCAGUCUGCACUUUAAAUCUUUGGCCUUCGAUGUCCAACACCUGGUAUCGGAGGCGUUCGCUCUCAGUGAGCUCCGACUGGACUUCAAGUCCUGUCAGGUUUUAUACUUCAGUCGGGGCAGUGUGGCGGUGAACUUUGACCUCUGGUUCGAUCAGCUGAUCGACGUGAAGGAGGCGGAGCAGCAGCUGAAGGCGGGAAUCCAGGAGGCCGGGAUGGCAGGAUGGGUCAUCGACAGAAACAGCAUCCAGAUCAAAGAGAAACAAGAGCAGACGACAGCUCCUCCAACGAGCGUCACACCUACAACAGAGAAACAAGAGCAGACGACAGCUCCUCCAACGAGCGUCACACCUACAACAGAGAAACAAGAGCAAACGACAGCUCCUCCAACGAGCGUCACACCUACAACAGCAACGUGUCCUCCUCAUCAGACGCCGUGCGCCGAUCGAUCGAUGUGUGUUCCGAUCGAUCGGCUCUGUGACGGAGUCGACGACUGUCCCGACGCGUCCGAUGAAGACGCCGCUCGCUGUGUAACGACGUGUGACGGACAGUUCGUGCUGAGCGGUCCGAGCGGCUCGUUCAGUUCGUCGGAUGUCUCCGAGACGUACGACAGCAACAGCUUCUGUCGCUGGAUCAUCAGGGUUGAUCGGGGACUUUCUGUCCAGAUCAACUUCCAGCGGUUUGAAACAGAAGAAAACAUCGACGCGCUCCGACUGUACGACGGCGUCGGAGCAGAGACACACCUGACAGCUGAGCUCUCAGGCUCCGCCCCCCCCAGGACCGUGUGGCUUCUGACUGACCAAUCAACGGUGGAGUUUACCUCUGAUGACAUCAUCAACCUGUCAGGGUUCAACGCUACUUACAGCGCCGUUGACCUCUCCGACCUCUCCAGUGAGGAGAAGCUGACGUGUACCUUUGAGCAGGGCAUGUGUUUCUGGAGGCAACAGCAGGACGGUGAUGACGGGGACUGGAUUCGAACCAGCGGCUCAACGUUCCCUCCACUGAGCGGCCCGAGUCACGACCACACGCUGAGUAACAGCUCAGGUUUCUACAUCGUCUCUCCUCUGAGUCCCGGCCAAUGGCUGAAGAGCUUCAGGAUCUACAGCUUCCCUCUGACUCCACCCACACAGCCCAUGUGUCUGAGCUUCUGGUACCACAUGUUUGGAGAGGACGUCCACCGUCUCAGAGUCCUGCUGGCUCAACCUGCUGUUACUGUGGUGUUCCAGAGAGACGGUAACUAUGGCGACAGCUGGAACUACGGCCAGGUGGCCCUCAACCUAACGACCGAGACCACGGUGGUGUUUGAAGCGCUGAAGAAAGGAGGGAUGAGGAACGAUAUCGCUCUGGAUGACAUCACACUGACCUCUGAUCCCUGCGGCCCCGCCCCCCCAGAACCAACCAAUGUACCGCCCCCAACUACCACGCCCCCUAUACCAGCUGACUGUGGAGGACCCUUUGACCUCUGGGAGCCAAAUUCCACCUUCAGCUCGCCGAAUUACCCACAAUCCUACGGGAACAAGGCCCAGUGUCUCUGGACUCUGCACGCCGCCGAGGGUCGGAACAUCCAGCUCCACUUCCUGGACUUUGACGUUGAAGCGACCUAUGACAUGGUAGAGGUGCGGGACGGGGCGGGACCAAACUCCACCUUACUGGCUGUCCUCACUGGCCGCGCUGGCCCCGCCCACCAGUUGUUCUCAACAACCAAUCAGAUGACAGUCUGGUUCUUCACGGACAGCUCAGGUCACGGCCGAGGAUUCAGAGCCAACUUCACCUCGGGGGUCAACCUGGGGUCACCAGCUGCAUGUGCAGUCGGACAGUUCCAGUGUCGGACAGGAAGUUGUAUCCAUGGUAACGGUCAGUGUGACGGCGAGGUCGACUGUCCUGAUGCCUCUGAUGAGGCCGACUGUGUCGUGUUGCAGGUGAACGGUUCCAGUCUUCUCCAGUUUCAGCUUGUUUCCUCUCUGCUCACCGUAUGUGCCGACACCUGGAACUCUCACCUGUCUGACUUCACCUGUCAGUACCUGGGAUACAGGUCGGGGGAGGCCACACUGCUGCCGGCUCUGCCACAAGAUUCACCGUUUACAACCAUUACAGUCACCAGCAACGGAACCCUGGAGACCAGUGUCAGUGAAACCUGCAGCAGUGAGAAAGUGAUUUCUCUGAACUGUGACAACCAACCUUGUGGUGCUCGACAGGUGACUAACGACACAAGAGAGACCGACCAAUCAGACGAGAGGACACCUGGUGAAGGUGAGGUCAGAGUAGUGGGCGGGGUUAACGCCGUUAAGGGGGCGUGGCCAUGGAUAGUAUCUCUGCAGUGGAGAGGGCGUCAUGUGUGUGGAGCGUCACUGAUUGGCAGAGACUGGCUGCUUACCGCGGCACAUUGUGUCUACGGGAAGAACAUCCACCUUCAGUGGUGGUCGGCCGUUUUGGGUCUUCACUCUCAAAGUGACAUAAACUCUGUGGACGUUCAGACCCGACGAGUCGAUCGCAUCGUCAUCAACAGAUGGUACAACAGACAGACCAAACAGGCCGACAUCGCCAUGAUGCAUCUGCAGCAGCCAAUCAACUUCACCCACUUCAUCCAGCCGCUGUGUUUACCUGCUGAAGGUCAGGACUUCACAGCUGGAACCAGAUGUUUGAUCGCUGGAUGGGGACAAGAGGCUGAGCAGGGUUCUCUCCCUGAUCUUCUCCAGGAGGCCCAGGUUCCUCUGCUGGUUCAGGAUCAGUGUCAGCUUCAGUUACCUGAGUACACCAUCACCUCCAGCAUGCUGUGUGCCGGAUACCCGGAGGGAGGGGUCGACUCCUGUCAGGGCGACUCUGGAGGUCCAAUGAUCUGUCUGGACGACGGACACUGGACUCUGAUUGGUGUGACAUCAUUUGGGGUCGGCUGUGGGCGUCCUGAGAGACCUGGAGUCUACGCCCGAGUCUCUGCCUUCACCUCCUGGAUCGCCCAGACCAGACGCUCCUCCUCCUCCUCUUCUUCCUGCUGCUAAUCCACCUCCCCUUCCUCCUCUUCCUCCUGCUGCUAAUCCACCUCCCCUUCCUCCUCUUCCUCUUCCUCUCUUCUUCCUCCUCCUCCUCCUCUUCCUCCUCCUCU